AUGUGGGAGGAUUGGACGAAGGAAAUUGGUGGUUUGGAGGCGGUGCGGAAGAAUGAUUGCCGGAGAUUUCCAGGGGAGUCAUCGGGAACUCUGAGGAGGCUUCGUAGAAAAACCAUUGCAAGCGGCAGUUCCGAAGGUUUGGUUAGACUCAACGGUACUCGUAUUCUCGAAACAUCCCUCCGAUCAAUCAACAACUGCGAGCCAUUCAUUUUUUCUCGUGAGAUCCUAGCCCUGACCUUGCCCUUGGCAUUAUUGCCGCGGUGUAUUCUCUCAUGGGAUCUAGUUUACGUAUACCAACUCUACCUCCCUGAUCGCGCGUCAAGAGCCAGCUCUGGCAUCAUGCCGCGCCUUGUCGAUAACUCUCAGAUACAGUCUGCGUCGUUACAUAAUCCUCUUCCUCUUCAGCUUCAUGCCUAUGUGUGGCCAUUUCUGAUCAUAUGGCCUACCUUUCUUGCUGUCUAUCUCUCUCCCGAACGUUAUGAUACGUAUAUCCAGGGUUCAGAAUGGACUUUUCUUUGGGCAGGAGGAAUCUUUACCCUACAGGCCCUGGUAUGGCUGUCGACGAAAUGGAACGUUAAUGUCCAAGCUUUGUUCACGACGUCUACGGCGAAAUCGGUUUACUCCGCCAAACUUAUCAAAGUUUCGCCGGUAGUCAACGCCGGGUCUGCGGAAAUUUGUCCAUUGCUUCGAGAAAAAUACGCAGGAAAGGAUGAUAUCUCUUUUCUGUUUCAGAAGCGCCGAUUUUUGUAUUAUCCGGAUAGAAAUACAUUCGCACCCCUUUCGUACGCUAUUGACGCGGAACCGAAGCCUCUCCUCAAAACCUUCCAACACAGUCAAGGGCUGAAGACGGAUAAGGAAAUCGGUGAGAAUCAAAACCACUAUGGGGACAACACGUUCGACAUUCCUGUUCCUACUUUCACUGAGCUCUUCAAAGAACAUGCUGUCGCGCCCUUCUUCGUGUUUCAAGUCUUUUGUGUCGGGCUCUGGCUGUUAGACGAAUACUGGUAUUAUUCGCUAUUCACCCUCCUUAUGUUGGUGACUUUCGAAAGUACCGUUGUGUGGCAACGGCAGAGAACACUUAAUGAAUUCAGAGGGAUGAGCAUAAAGCCGUACGAAGUUUGGGUUUACCGAAAGAACGCCUGGACUGAAAUCACGAGUGAUAAGUUACUUCCCGGAGACGUUCUAUCGGUCAACCGGACAAGGGAAGACAGCGGCGUAGCUUGCGAUAUCCUCAUGAUUGAGGGCAGUGUGAUCGUUAAUGAGGCCAUGCUCUCUGGCGAAAGUACGCCUCUCCUCAAAGACUCCAUCCAACUUCGACCCGAGGACGACCAACUUGAUCCGGAGGGCUUGGACAAGAAUUCGUUCUUGUAUGGUGGGACAAAGGUUCUACAAAUCACACAUCCCAACUCUACGGCCUCACCCCCCAAUGGUAUUCCAACUCCUCCUGACAAUGGUGCCCUGGGUGUUGUCGUGAAAACUGGCUUUGAAACCAGCCAGGGCAGCCUCGUUCGCACCAUGAUUUAUUCGACAGAGCGCGUUUCUGCGAACAAUGUGGAAGCAUUGCUAUUUAUUCUGUUCCUCCUAAUGUUUGCCAUUGCCGCCUCUUGGUAUGUCUGGCAGGAAGGUGUAGCAAAGGACCGGAAACGAUCCAAGUUACUGUUAGAUUGCGUUUUGAUCAUCACAAGUGUCGUUCCUCCUGAGCUUCCGAUGGAAUUGAGCCUAGCAGUUAACACCAGUCUGGCUGCCCUCAGCAAGUUUGCAAUUUUCUGUACCGAACCAUUCCGAAUCCCCUACGCUGGACGGAUUGAUAUUGCGUGCUUCGAUAAAACUGGAACCCUAACUGGCGAAGAUCUCUUGGUGGAUGGAAUCGCUGGCCUUACCUUGGGUCAUGCGAGCGCAAAGACUGACAAACAUGGAGCUCACACCGAUAUUACCCCCGUUGAGAAAGUUGCGAAUGAGACAACUCUUGUUCUCGCCACAGCACACGCCUUGGUGAAAUUGGAUGAGGGGGAAAUUGUUGGUGACCCGAUGGAAAAAGCGACAUUGAACUCUCUCGGUUGGGUUCUGGGUCGUGAUGAUAUUUUGACAAGCAAAGCCACUGGUGCUUCACGGCAACCUGGAAGGGCUCUCGAUUCUGUUCAAAUUAAACGACGAUUCCAGUUUUCUUCUGCUCUAAAACGUCAGAGUGCAAUUGCCACGGUUAUUAGCACUGAUCGUCAGACCUCGAAAAAGCUCAGAGGGACAUUUGUUGGCGUCAAAGGAGCCCCUGAAACCAUCAGGACCAUGCUUGUUUCUACCCCUCCUUAUUAUGAAGAAACAUUCAAGUACUUCACCCGGAACGGCGCCCGAGUUCUCGCGCUUGGUUACAAGUAUCUCUCUACCGAAUCAGAACUUGGCCAAGGGCGAAUUAAUAACCUAAAAAGAGAGGAUGUGGAAUCGGAACUACACUUUGCCGGCUUCCUCGUUUUGCAAUGUCCUUUGAAAGAUGACGCUGUAAAAGCGCUUCGGAUGCUCAAUGAGAGUAAUCACCGUGUUGUUAUGAUCACCGGCGAUAACCCUCUCACUGCAGCUCAUGUUGCUCGACAGGUAGAAAUAGUUGAUAGAGAAGUGCUAAUCCUUGAUGCACCAGAGAACGACAACUCUGGAACAAAACUCGUAUGGCGAACUAUCGACGAUUCUUUCAGUGUUGAUGUUGAUCCCACACAACCUUUGGACCGUGAAAUUCUGGAAACCAAGGAUCUUUGCGUUACAGGCUACGCGUUGACAAAGUUCAAAAACAAAAAGGCUCUCCCCGAUCUUCUCCGCCAUACCUGGGUGUAUGCUCGUGUCUCCCCGAAGCAGAAGGAAGAUAUUCUUCUGGGUAUGAAGGAUGCUGGAUAUACGACUCUCAUGUGCGGCGAUGGUACUAAUGAUGUUGGUGCACUCAAACAAGCUCAUGUUGGUGUCGCCCUGUUGAACGGCUCUCAGGAUGAUCUCAAUAAAAUCGCAGAGCAUUGGAGGAACACCAAGAUGAAAGAGAUCUACGAGAAGCAAGUCUCGUUGAUGCAAAGAUUUAAUCAACCCGCCCCCCCAAUUCCGGCAAACAUUGCGCACCUAUAUCCUCCUGGACCAAACAACCCUCACUACGAAAAAGCAUUGAUUCGUGAGGCACAAAGGAAAGGCAUUACUGCCCCCGCCGCCAUUGGAGGAAAUGGAAUCCCAACCGUCACCUCUCCAGGUGCACAUGCCAUACAACAAUCGACCAUGAACCUAACGCCUCAGCAACGCCAGCAACGCCAUGCGUCACUUGCUGCAGCCGGUUUUGCCGAUAAGCUGACGGCCACGAUGAUGGAACAAGAAUUAGAUGACAACGAACCCCCCACGAUCAAGCUUGGAGAUGCUUCGGUUGCCGCUCCUUUCACCAGCAAACUUGCAAACGUUAUUGCAAUCCCCAAUAUUAUCCGUCAAGGCCGAUGCACGCUGGUUGCAACUAUCCAGAUGUAUAAGAUCCUUGCGCUUAACUGCUUAAUCAGUGCGUACAGUUUAAGUGUCAUAUACCUUGACGGCAUUAGAUUUGGUGAUGGUCAGGCAACUAUCAGCGGCAUACUAAUGAGUGUUUGCUUUUUGUCAAUUUCUCGUGCGAAGUCUGUCGAAGGUCUUUCCAAAGAGCGUCCACAACCUAACAUAUUCAACAUGUACAUCAUGGGGUCCGUCCUGGGCCAAUUCGCGGUCCACGUCGCAACCUUGAUAUAUCUAUCCAACUACGUCUAUACCAUAGAGCCUGCCAUCUACCUCCUCCAACUAAUUCAGCAAAUCUCCACCUUCUCCAUAAACUACCAAGGCCGUCCGUUCCGCGAAUCUAUCCGUGAAAACCGCGGUAUGUACUGGGGCCUCAUCCUGACAUCCGGCGUCGCCUUCUCCUGCGCGACGGAGUUCAUUCCGGAACUCAACGAGAAGCUCCGCCUUGUUCCAUUUACGACCAUGUUUAAGGUCACGUUAACAGCACUGAUGUUGGCGGAUUACGCCGGUUGCUGGCUCAUCGAGAAUAUCUUGAAGACGUAUUUUAGCGAUUACAGGCCUAAGGAUAUUGCGGUGCGGAGGCCCGAUCAGUUGGCAUGGGAAGAGGAGAGGAAAAGGAAAGAGGCAGUGGCGGAGGAGAAUGAGAAAGAAUCGAAGAGGAAGGUUUGA